AUGUCCAAGCCCAGCGCAUCCACCGCAAACCAGCCCGAGCCCUUCAUCGUCCUCCCAACCUCCUCCCACACACACACCCUCAUCCUCCUCACGGCUCCGGCAACAACGGCUCCAAAUUCGGCACCGAGCUCCUCUCAACCGGCACCUCCUCCAAAGGACACACCUUCACCACCGUCUUCCCCGGCACAAAAUUCAUCUUCCCCAACGCCCGCAAGCGGCGCUCAAGCGCCUUCCCCAGUGAUAAACCAGUGGUUCGACAUCGCUUCUGUAGAGGACCCGUCGCAUAGAAGGGAUACACAGGUGCAAGGUCUGGUGGAGUCGGCGGAGCAUGUACGGUCUAUUAUUGCAAGGAGCUGGAGACGAUUCCAAGGGGGGAUAUUGUGCUGGGGGGGUUGA